CUGUGGCGCUGCUCGCUGAAAGGCCGCCGAUGGGCGUGACAUACCCCAAACCGCCGUCCAACAAAUCCGCCGCAUCUCUGUCUGAAUAGGUAGUACAUUAACCACCUGUCCGAAUAUUCACGUUGAAACAUCGUCCAAGACUCGAUGGACAUGCACACAUUUUCCAGCCGUUGUUCAUCUCCUUUGAUCCUCUGCAAAGAACUCUACCCAAGUUCAGUACAAUGCUGCUUCUACUUGGUCGCUCGUUCCUGCCAAGUCGCAUCCGCUUUCUCCAUACCUAAUGCGUUGCGUCUUCCGCGCGCGCCUCUCUCUCGGCUCCGGAGAACGCGUGGUGAUGUGCCUAUUUUGGGCUCUCCAAAAUCGAUACACUCCACCAACGCCGCCCUCAUCACGAACUGUUUUGAAAUAUUGUCCUGUCAUCCGUGUCUCCUUUGCACAUCACAGCACAUCGUUGUUGCAUGUCAUACAUCUGUCUGUCAUGCGGCUGACCUGCGACGUCUCGUCUUGAGGCUGACGUUACAGCUGACGAGCCAUGCAAUUUUGUUUUCUAUUGUCUUCCUCAUCGUUGGUUAUUUCACUAUCUCCAUGCUGAGUGUUUGGCACAUCAUUUCCCAAUCACACUUCCCGUUCCUCAGUCCAUCAUAACUCCAUAUGUUUCAAGCCAGACCCAUUCAUGUGUUGCAGCAACUUCGUCAGACACGA